AUGGCUUCUCAUUCCGCAAACCUUCACUUUGUCUUGUUUCCUUUAAUGGCUCAAGGUCAUAUGAUACCCAUGGUAGACAUGGCUCGUAUACUAGCCCAACGUGGUGCUAUGGUUACUAUAAUCACAAGUCCAGUUAAUGCAAGUCGAUUUAAAUCAGUUGUUAAUCGCGCAUUUGAAAGUGGGCUCAAGAUGAAAAUUCUUGAACUCCAACUCCCAUUAGCUGAAGUUGGUCUGCCAGAAGGAUGUGAGAAUUUUGACUUGUUGCCAUCAUUUGCACACAUAGUUAAUAUGGUCUUAGCAAUGAAUAUGUUAGAAGAACCAGCGGAAAAUAUGCUCAAGGUCUUAUGUCCGCCUCCAAGUUGCAUCAUCUCCGAUGGUUGUUUCCCUUGGACCAACGAUGUGGCAAAGAGGUUAAAUAUUCCACGGGCUGUUUUCUAUGGACCGGGAUGUUUCGCAUUCCUCUGCAUACAUAUAGUGACAAGUACAAAUAUACUUGACGAAAUUGAUUCUGACUCGGAGUACUUUGUAAUGCCUGGCCUGCCUGACCGAAUUGAAGUUACCAAACGACAGACUUCAACUUGGGGAAGAGGAGACACAAUAGAAUCUACGAAAGUUUUUGAACGAAUGGUAAAAGCCGAGAAGGACGCGAUAGGGAUUGUGGUAAAUAGCUUUGAGGAGUUGGAGCCCAAGUAUGUUGAGGAAUUUGCAAAGGUAAAAGAUAAAAAGGUGUGGUGUGUCGGCCCGGUUUCACUAUGCAACGAAAGUUUCCAAGAUAGAGCUGAGAGAGGAAACAAGGCCGCGAUCAAUGCUCAUGAUUGUUUGAAGUGGCUAGAUUCAAGAGAGCCAGGGUCUCUGGUCUAUGUUUGCUUAGGAAGCCUAUCAUAUGCUUCCACUGAACAAGCUAUUGAGCUUGGGUUGGGACUCGAGUCAUCAAACAUACCUUCCCCGAAGUCCACUUCAAGAUCACCGUUCCUUCACCAAAGGCAUUCCGUCUUCAGGCGAUCCUAUUCUCCUCUUCUAUACGAAGACGAAGAACAAGGUCCUCCACCGACAUUUCCUUCCGCUUGUGUUUAA